AUGGCACAUAAAUAUUAUUUGUCUCAACAACAAUAUGUCAGCCAACAAUUAUUCCGAUGGGCAGAAGCUAAAAUAACGGAUCCCGGGAUAACUCAUAUUGGAAGAACCCGGCAUAUAAUAACAG